AAGUUUAUUGACAAAUGUCAGCUAAGUGGCGAAAUGACGAAAUCCCUGAUACGAUUGGUAUAUAAGAGAGAGAGCAUGCUGGACAUGGGAAAUACAAACUGGUUAGUUACUCCCGCAUUCACGACGUGAGCGAACGUGUGUAUUCAGCUACUUGUCAAGAAUAAUUGAAAUAAAUUGCAAAUUUGUAAACUAAGGAGUACUAAAAUCAAAAUGGGUUUGGAAGAUUACAAAGAAAUCGUCGCAAAUGUCGCUUCUGUUUGCACCAUGGGACAUAUGCUGUCCGGAACGCUUGUAUGUAAAGAUAUCUACAAGAAAGGAUCAUCAGAAGGAUUUGAUGCUAAACCCUUUGUUUUCGGUAUCGGAGUAGGAAUGCUCAUGUUCCAGUAUGCAUUCAUCUUAAAUGACCCGGCAAUGAUUAAAGUUAAUAUGUUUGGGUUGACUACCAGUAUUCUCUACGUAACAGUCUUUUAUCUUUAUGCUCCUAACAAGGGUGAGAUGAUGAAAUUAAUAGGCAAGACUCUAGGAUUAGCAUCUAUUUUUUUGGCGUACGCUAAAUUUGAAAGCCCUGACUUGAUUGAAUUCAGAUACGGUCUGUUGACAACGGCAUUAUUAUUGAUGUUAGUUGGAACUCCGCUUAUGAAUCUCGGUCAAGUAAUAAAAACCAAGAGCACUGAAAUUCUUCCAUUUCCGUUGAUUGCCAUGGGGACUGUUGUAUCUUUUCUAUGGUUACUUUAUGGAAUUAUCAUUGAUAACGGAUUCAUUGUCUUCCAAAACGUCAUCGGCUUACUUUUGUACUUCAUCCAAUUAUCUCUGUUUGCUAUCUAUCCAUCAAAGCCAGCAGAAGCCACUUCUAGACAUUCCAAAAAGGAGUAAGGUGUUAAAUUUGAAACAUUAUAUUCAGAAAAACGUUAAUUUUUUAAACUUUUAACUAGGUCAAUUUGUUUACUAAUAAUUAUGCGAGCUGGCCUCGAUUUGAGUUAAAUAAUAACGUAUUUUCUUAAAUUUUUAAUGCAAUAAUACAUAAUGCUAUUUUUUAUAUAAAUUUAGAGA